AGCGGAUAAGUACAGUAGUGAUCUCACUGCUUUCCACAUGGCCUUCUCCUCCUCUGCCACGUCUUCUGCAGUACUCAUAAACAUAUCAAGCGAUCGAUGCUCAUCUUCUCGUCUCGUUAAUAUCCAUCCAGGUCAGAUCCUGAAGUCUUUAUGCCUGAACUCAACAUGGAAGGCAACCUGCCCAAGCAGCAGUGCCAACCUGUAACCACGGCGAUCGAGAAAGACGACCUGGUGAUUCCUAUCAUCGACUUCGGGCCCUUCCUGCAUGGAACCCCGGCCGACAAGCAUGAAGUCGCCAUGUCCGUCGUACACGCCUUCAAGACCUCCGGCUUCCUCUACCUCAAGGAUCACGGCGUGCCACCAUCCGUGGUUAGCCACGUCUUUAGCUCGUCCGCCCGUUUCUUCGCGCGGCCCCAGGGUCAGAAAGACAGCCUGUGCUGGACGACUCCACAGGCGAACCGUGGUUAUGUGAAGACGGGCCAAGAGAAGCUCAGCACGGUGGAUGACGUCCCAGCUGCUUCUGGCGAUGCACGCAGCAUCCCGGAUCUCAAGGAGACCAUGGAGAUCGGCCGGGAAGGCGUGGACGGUCUUCCCAACCGCUGGCCCGAUCAUCUCGACGCCGAGGGCCAGGACUUCAAGGCGGUGAUGCUGUCAUUCUUCGACAUGUGCAAGGCGCUACACACCGAGGUGAUGCGGGCUAUCGCGCUGGGCAUGCAUCUGCCGGAGCACUAUUUCGACUCGUACGUCGACGCCGGCGACAACAACCUGCGCUUACUGCAUUAUCCGGCCGUCGAUAAGAGCGUCUUCAAGAGUAAUCCGCUGCAGGUGCGUGCGGGCGAGCACAGCGAUUACGGCUCCAUCACCCUGCUCUUCCAGGAUGGGUGCGGCGGACUCCAGGUUCGUAGCCCCAGGGGCACCUUUGUGGACGCGGUCCCCGUUGCCGAUACCGUGGUCGUCAACGCGGGGGACCUGCUGGCCCGUUGGUCGAAUGAGACCAUUAAGAGCACUAGACACCGCGUUGUAGAGCCUCCCAAGGUGGUCGACGGCGAGGAUGACUCGUCCGGCGUGUAUCCGGAUCGCUACAGCAUCGCAUACUUUUGCAAUCCCAAUAAUGACCAGUUGAUUGAAGCUAUCCCGGGCACCUACGGAGAGGAUAUCCGCCCGCUGAAGUACCCUGGAAUCACGGCAGGUGACUACCUGGUCCAGCGGCUCACAGCAACCUACUGA